AUGACGUCGAUACCGGCUGCUGUGCCCUCCACGCGGGCGUCGGCCACAGCCUCGGGCGGCAAGCAACGUCCCGAAGCCACAGCCACACCCACCUUCGGGAUCAUGUGGACGAUCUUGCGGUCGAUCGGGGACAUCUCUCUCCCUUUCUUCUUCUCCUCGAUUCACGUCUCCUCGGCGCAUCUCGUCCCAGCGCCCACCACGCCGCUCAUCGUGUGCAGCAACCACUCAAACACCAUCCUCGACGUGGCGGUGCUCGCCUCGCACUUCCCCGAACGCCGCCCGCUGCACUUCUGGGCCAAAGCCGGCUUCUUCCGCAACCGGAUCACGCGCUGGAUCCUCACCAGCUCCGGCAACAUCAAGGUGGACAGACGCAACAAGAACAACCAGGCGCUGUUCGAGGGCACGUUUGAAGCGAUGAAGGCCGGCGGGGCCAUCGCGCUGUUCCCGGAGGGCGGGAGCUACACCAUUCCGAAACUGGCGAACCUCAAAAUGGGAGCGGCCUGGGCGGCGUUAGAGUACUCGAGGUACUUGCAGCUUCAAGAGCAGCACGAUGGCAGGACCGAGGUCAAGAUCUUGCCCGCUGCGGUGGUCUUUGACAAUAAGAGCGUGUUCCGGUCCAGAGCGGUGUUGCGGUUUGGAAAGCCAAUAUCGCUUGAUCGGUAUAUCGACGAGUUUCUGGCGGCACCCCCUCCCGCGGAGGGGGAGAAGAGCGCGGAGACAGCAGUGAUCAAGGAAGACGGAACGGUCCCAGCAACGCCUGAAAGCAUGACGCGCAGCAACACCACCGACACCACCAUCAGCGCUACCGCAGCUGCCGCGCCAAUAGCAGAGCAGCACGCAAGCCCGGCACAUCGAGCGGUGGCACGUCUGACCGCGGACCUACAACGCGCCAUGCAGGAGCUCACGUUCAACGCACCUGACUGGGAGACGUUCCAGGCCGUCCGAAUGGCGCGAGAGAGCAUCUUCGACAGCAGCGCGCACGGCGGGGCGAGGGAAGGCAUGGACGAGUACGUCGAGCUGUCGCGCGCUCUCAUGGUGAUUCUCACACUCGACACGGUCUCGCCGCUCACCACACAACCGGACGUGCUCGAGAAAAGUCAGCAAGCCCGCCGUGCGCUUUUUGCAUUCUCGUCGCUCCUCCACCUCGCCGAUGUGGACAGCGCCACGCUGAGCCGCACAGUCGCUACCACAAACGCACGCUCGUCCUUCUUCACCCCGCUCGCAGCACUCGUCCUGCGCCUGCCCGUCUACGUGCCCGUCUUCGCCCCCACCCUCCUGCCUACCUACGUCGUGCCCAACGCGCUCGCCCACCACUUUGCGGCACACGAGGAGGAGUCGCUGUCGAGCGUCAAGACGCUGUUCAGCUUCUUUUUCUCCACGCUGCUGUACUCGACGCUGCUGGUCAAGACGAUGCAGUGGACGCGCUGGACGCCUCCGGGCCUGCUGGUGGGCAUGGCGGGCGUGUGGUGGCUGCACGACCUGAAUCGCGGGUGUGUGGAUGGCGCGUAUGGGCUGGUGAAGCAGGUGCGGUUCGGAUGGCGCGUGUAUCGCGCGAAUCUGCCGCGUGCCAGCGCGGCGCCGUUGUUGAAGGCAGAGGUAAAGAAGACGCGCAAGGAGGGCGGAAAGAGUCUGUUCUUUUACGGCACGUUGGUGCAUCCCAAGAUCUUGGCGCGUGUCAUCGGGAACGACGGUGCGCACCUCGAGGUCCAGAAUGCAGUCCUGGAUGGCGCGAGGCUGUUCCACGUCAAGGGCGAGGAGUACCCGGGAUUGCUGCGGGUCGAGUCGUCGGCGUCGAACGCUGUCAACGCUGUCAAAGGUACGCUCGUUCGCGGUCUGACAGCUUCCGAUCUGCGCUGCCUUGACGCUUUCGAGGGAGACGAGUACGAACGGCUACCUGUCUCGAUCAUCCCAGAUCCGCUUUCGCCCGUCGAGGCCAACUCGACGCGCAUCGCCAACGCGGGCACCGCUCCGCUGCACGCCAUUCUGUCGGGCUUGAACAAAGCGCGGAUCGAGACGCUCUGUGCAUCCGCUAGCGAAGGGGAUAGAGUCGUGGCAGAAGUGUACACGUGGACUGCGGGGCGCGACAAGCUCGAGGAUCGGAUCUGGGAAUUCGACGUGUUUGCGCAAACGCACGCGGCCAACUGGGUGGGCGAGGGAGAGGUGGAGCACGAGCACGAGUACCAGGUCGUCGACCGUGUGCGGUCUGAUCAGCUCACGUCCACCCCUAUCCUCACAUCUACCAACGACCAACCCUCGACCUCAGCUGCACCAUCCCAAGCCGACCCGAACCAGCAAGAAUGGAUCAAAUCCUACGCAUCGACACUGGCCGAACCAGGUCGUGUGCACGAGGCAGUAGUGGCAGUGUGCCACACACUCUCCACUCAACCGAGUAUCCAAUUCUACGUCGAUCGCGCUUUCAAGGAUGCGAAGGUAAAACGCCCAAGCAAAGGGGAUGCACAAUUAGUAAGUGCCGUUUUCCGAGCAAGAGCGGCGGCACGGGCCCAAGUGGAGCAGCUAGUGCGUAUGGCCGAGGAGGUGCAUGUGCAAGAGGUACAGCAUGCGAUGGGUGUGCUGAUGGAUGCAAAGGCGAGAGCGCUGGCUCGUGUGGGCGUGAGGAUGGAGGGUGAGGCGGCUUGGCCGUUUACUUCGGAGCAGAUCGACAAGUAUGCUGGAGGGGCAAGCUUUGAGUCGAGAAAGACCGUUUGA